CGGGUUUGACAGCCACUGCAAACGUCAAAUUGAAAACAUUCUUAUUUCCGGCUGCAGCACAUUCACUUUCUUUUCUCGUGUAGUCGUCAACGAGUGCGGUCACAAAUCGUGGAAAAAUGACUUCCAAAGUCUCGAAGGACAUCCUGUACGAGUGCGUCAAUGAGGUGUUGAAGAAUUCUGAGAAGAAGAAGCGUCGCUUCUUGGAGACGGUGGAGCUGCAAAUUGGCCUGAAGAACUACGAUCCCCAAAAGGACAAGCGUUUUUCCGGCACUGUCAAGCUAAAGUACAUCCCACGCCCAAAGAUGCAGGUUUGCGUUCUUGGAGAUCAGCAGCACUGUGACGAGGCCAAGGCCAACGAUAUCCCAUACAUGGAUGCCGAGGCACUGAAGAAGCUCAACAAGAACAAGAAACUGGUCAAGAAGCUAGCGAAGAAGUACGACGCUUUCCUGGCUUCGGAAUCGCUCAUCAAGCAGAUUCCCCGUCUGCUGGGUCCGGGUCUGAACAAAGCCGGCAAGUUCCCUGGUCUGCUCGCCCACAGCGAAUCGAUGACGCAGAAGAUCGACGAAGUGAAGGCCACCAUUAAGUUCCAGAUGAAGAAGGUCCUGUGUUUGUCGGUCGCUGUUGGUCACGUUAAGAUGAGCUCCGAUGAGUUGGCCCAGAAUGUGCAUCUUUCGGUUAACUUUUUGGUUUCGCUGCUGAAGAAGCACUGGCAAAACGUUCGCUCGCUGCACAUCAAGUCCUCCAUGGGAUCUGCCCAGCGUCUGUACUAAAAGGAGAGCUGCAAAACGAGAGGCAAAUUGUGGGGAAAUAUUUUUUUUGUAUUUCCAUUCUUUAUCUGUACAUUAGAUAAUAUGCUACAAAAUAUUAAAUAUUGGGCGUUUGCUGAACCAGAAAUAAACAUCAUUCACUCAACAAAA